AUGGUAAGUCUUAAUAUUAGCACUGAAAAUGCACUCCAACGUGUUAUUCAAAAAUAUAAACAAAAUAAUAUAACGGAAGCAAUUGCAAUAACCUUGGAGGAUUUAAGUAAUUUUCAUUGUGCUGCAUUACUUGAAUAUCCGGAAUAUGCUGAAGGUUUAUUAGGUGCAUUAUUUGGAUUAUUUUUCAUACGACAAAAUGGUUUUGUUAAUAAUGAUUCAACCGGAAUGUACGGUGGAAAAAUGAUUUGGUAUGAUGGUACUUUAGCUAAAACCGAUUUUAGCUCAUUUUAUGAUUCAUCAUUUAAUCCACGUUUAAAUAAGUCUAAUUGCUAUCGUUUCAUGACAUGGGCUAUUGAAGACAAUGAUUUUAAAAUUAUGGCAUUUGAGUGCAAUCAAAAAGUUGCAAUUAAUCACUAUUUGAUUGGAUUUAGCUAUUUAAUUGAUUUACCAAGAAAAAUUACUAAAUAUGAAUAUAACUGGAAUAAAAAUACACAAUUAAUAAUGGAUAAAGAUCUAAGCAAUCCUAAAAGAUGUGCACUUGGUGAUCAUCAAUGGAAACGAGCAAAUGGUGAAAUUUAUUGUUUUUCAAUUGUAUAUAAAAUGUCAAAUCAUACGGAGCAACUUUAUUCCAUCGAUGAUACAUUGUGCGCUAUUCAACGACAACGAAAACAUAUUGCAAUGUAUCCAGCAAUAUUUCAAGAUAAAAAUGAAUAUGAAUUUAUUAUGCAAGAAAUUCAACAUGAUCUUCAAAUUGACCAACCAAUGUUUUAUCGAUAUCAUUUUGUUUUAUUUGGUUUAUGGUAUUUCCGUGGAGCUGGCUAUCGUUGGAGUGAUUUCUCGCAAAAUUUCAAUUUUGAAUUUAUCGAUCCUAAUUUCAAUCCUCAAUUAAACAUAUCACAAUGCUAUCGAUUUUUAGCUAUUCCAUUUGGCAAUAAUAAAUAUGCUAUACCAAUGGAAUGUUCCAUGCAACCUAAUGUUCUUUCAGUUUUAUGUAUGUAUAAAACGGGGAUCAAAAACGAUGGCAAUGUAUAG